AUAAAAUGAAUGGACAAGCCACAGUCCGGUUGCCCUCCGCCCCGCAAGGGAAACAAGAAGGCACCGACCUGCAGCCACCGAGGAAUCCGCUGCAGUCCGGGGUAAAAAGGGAAAAGAAUGAGGGUGGUGCAAUUUCAGAAUCGAAACCGAAUUCCCCGAAAGCAUCUGUGGCUAAUCAAUCGGCAGGGUGGUGAUUAUUUCCAUGCCUCUCUCGUGUCAAGGUGGCAUGGAUUCCCCGCCGCACGAAGCGACAAGCUGCCAACUCAUCAGUGCAUCCGAUGCCUGCCUGUCAACCACGAACCAGAAAAAAGGGCUGGACCAAUCCGCCGCCGAUCCGUCAAACGCAGGAAUCGAAGAAUCCAGAGCCAGACGAUCCUUUUCUAUCCGUCGGGGAAUGAAACGUCCCACGGUUCUCUGCUCUGUCGGGGGUGUCAGUCAGGGACUGUGCUCUGGACCUGGACUGCUUUCGUUCGAUGGAGUCCAAGCAAUGGAUCCCAGUCAUUCCGUCUGCCAAAGGAUUUUGAUCCCGAGGCAAUGGGAACUCGCCGGUCGGUCCAUCCUGCAAGAAUGAGACGAGAGGACCAGAAAUGAGGGGCAGCGCAGCGCAGAGAAAAAAGACCUGUGUCUUUUGAUUUCUCCCUCUUUCUUUUCGGAGUCUCUACCGAGUACCGAACGCGGUCGUUGGUCCACGGCGAUCGUCUCCUACGUUACUUUACGACCCGGAUUCGAUUGUGGCGACCUCUAUCAUUGGCGGUGCGC